AUGACUGGCAGCUAAGCAUUAAUGUAGAAAAGAUAUGUUAGACAAGUGAGGAUUAUUAUUUUUGAUGAGUUUUCUCCUCAAGAACAGCUCUACCUCUUUAAAGUGCUCUGGUCCUAAGAUAUGUUACUAGAAAUUAGAGAACCACUGAGAAUCAGAGAGUGGGAUUAGAUAGGCUAAAGCUGUAAUUCAACCUUACUGCCUCUCUUGAGCUAAAUGAUGAAGCAAGAGCGCAAGUACAUACGAAAACAAAUCAGGAAGCUCUUGAGGAUGUAACAUUUGAUCAAGAUUGAUAAAAUCGUACAUUUCAAGUACAAGUUCGUUCAGAUAAAUUAAAGCAGCGCAGAGAUCUGCUAGAGGCAAUUUCAGCUAUCAAGUCCUCUUUUAAAUAAUAAUUAUAUGUACGUCUUCAGGCGGAUGUCUACGUUAACAAGAAUAAUAAUGCAAGACUUAACAGCACCUUCUGUUCCACAAUCGCCACAAAUUCUAGCUCAGGUAGAGCAUUGA